AUGACGAGUGAUUUGCGAAACCUUGUUAAACGUGAGCGGCAGUUGUUCAAUUCCUUGGAAGGCACUGAGCGUUUCUUGGAGAAUUACGACGCGACAAAGGAUCAGAAGCAAAUCAGCAUUCGCAUACAAGUUCUGGAUUCUGUGUACAGCGAAUUCUUCGAGGUCCGGCGGAAAACAGAACUGCUUCUUGACACUAUCGCAGUGGACGGAGAGGAAGAGAUAAAACCGGAAACCGAAGAGGAUCAGCAGCGGAAGAAUUUAGCCAUUCUCAGUGAUUUCGAGGAUCGCUACUUCAUUGUCAAGGCUGGACUUUUGGAGCUAUCGAGUAAGUUUGCAACUACAGCGGAUGAAGCAUCCCACGCAAACAAUGCAGCGUUUCCGAAGGUUAAACUGCCAGAAAUCAAGCUUCCGGUCUUCAGCGGGAAGGUUCGCGACUGGAUCACCUUCCGAGAUAGCUUCCGUAGCCUGAUCGACGGUAACUUUCAGCUAACUGAGAUGGACAAAUUCAGCUAUCUGCGGUCUUCACUAUCUGGCGAAGCGCUCCAGGAGAUCAGUUCUGUAGAAAUUUCUGCAGCGAACUACAGCGUAGCCUGGCAAGCACUAGAAGCCCGCUACGAAAACAAAAAGCUCAUUGUGAAGGCUCACAUUGACGCUCUGUUUGCUGUAGACGGACUCAGGAAGGAGAGUUACGACGGGCUCAACCGUCUGAUCAGCGAAUUCGAAAAGAAUCUCCAAAUGCUAGACAAGAUUGGAGAAAGAACAGCGGAUUGGAGUACUCUACUGGUCCACAUGGUGUGUAGCCGCUUGGAUCCUGCUACCUUAAGGCACUGGGAGACCCACCACAACUCGAAGAAUGUUCCAACCUACCACAAUCUCAUCACUUUUCUUCGAAACCACUGCGCGGUGCUCCAAUCAGUCGUACCACCGAAGUCCAGUCAAACCGAACAGAAAUCAUUGAGGCCAACAGUCUGUCAAACCGUCUUCAAGUCCAGCGGUAGGUGCCCUUUCUGCAACGAAACGUGGCAUUCUGCAUUCCAUUGCGCGAAGUUCCAGAGGAUGAGGAUUGCUGAACGGAAUGAAGCUGUUACGAGAGCGAAGCUUUGUCGGAACUGUUUCAACCCUGGCCAUUACGCUAGAACCUGCGAGCGAGGAGAGUGUCAUCACUGCCAUCAAAAGCACCACUCCAUGUUGCAUGGUGGAGAAACACGAUCCUCCGUUCCAAACUCGCAGUCAAGACCGCCGACACAACCCCAACGACAGCAACAGCCACAAUCCAGUUCAGCACGAUCAAACCAACAGACACAGAACACUAACACAGCUACCUCUGCCAACUCGCAAAACACGCACACACGCCCAACCACAGAACAACCCACCACAAGCCAAAAUCUAGUUUCAUUGCCCGUUACUCCUACUCAAAACAUACUCCUGUCAACGGCGCUCGUCAAGAUCCAUGAUCGGUUUGGCAAGACGAUGCUAGCCCGAGCUUUGUUGGAUUCUUGCUCACAGCAUUAUUUGAUGUCCAAGAACUUUUCGAGCAAACUGAGUUUUCGAGAAAUUCCGUCGCAUUUGUCGGUCCAAGGAAUCGGACCAUCCCAGUCGGUUUCUACGAAAGCAGUUACAGCGUUGGUGGAACCAAGAACCACUACUGUGUCAGAGUUUUCCGAAGAGAUGCAGUUCCACGUCCUGCCGAAGCUGACAAUAUCGCUGCCAACUGCAGCCGUCGAUUCAUCCAAGUGGAAUCUACCUCCGUCGAUGACUCUUGCUGAUCCGUGUUUCCAUGAACCUGGCCCGAUUGAUUUGAUCAUCGGGGCUGAGUAUUAUAUGGACUUGCUCUGCGACGAACGACAGAAGGUGACGAGUGAAGGCCCAACUCUACAGAAUACGGUGUUUGGAUGGAUAGUCUCUGGUCGAAUUCCGGACAAUUGGGCAAGCAGCGUAGUCUCUGUGACCCACGUCUGUUCUACAGCAGAAAUCCAGGAUCAGCUUACCAAAUUCUGGGAACUGGAGACAUGCAGAACUGCCAGCACUCACUCAACAGAAGAGUCAGCUUGUGAGGAGAUCUUCGACAAGACUACAACUCGAGACAGCGAAGGACGUUUUGUUGUGGCGCUCCCGAAGAAGGAACACCUCAUCAGCCAGUUGGGAGAAUCAAGAGCAGUGGCAAUCCGCCGCUUCAUGGGGAUGGAACGGCGUUUCGCUACGAAUCCAGCGCUGAAGGAGGAGUAUACGAAGUUCAUCCGUGAAUAUGAAGACCUGGGACAUAUGGAGCAGAUUUCCGGUGACUCGAUAGGAGAGAAGGAGUACUAUCUGCCACACCAUGCGGUGCUGAAACCCGAAAGUACCACUACUAAAUUGCGAGUAGUUUUUGACGCAUCCUGCCGUACGUCAAGUGGAGUUUCGCUCAACGAAGCCUUGAUGGUAGGACCUGUUGUGCAGGACGACAUCCAGGAUAUCUCGUUACGUUUCCGUUUGCAUCGUUAUGCACUGGUUGGUGAUGUUGCAAAAAUGUACCGGAUGGUUCUGCAUACUGAGGAUGAUCGCCGUGUUCUGAAGAUCGUAUGGAGAGAUGAAUCUACUGAACCGAUCCGUACCUAUCAGCUGAAGACGGUCACUUACGGUACAGCAUCUGCACCAUAUCUCGCCACAAAAUGCUUGCAACGUUUGUUGGAAGAAGGAGAAUCAGCCUACCCUGUAGCUGCCAAGGUGGUAGGAAAGGAUUUUUACGUUGAUGACAUGCUGUCCGGCAUAGACAGCAUCGACGAAGGAAGGCUGUUGAUCCAACAAAUGAUAGCGCUACUUCAUUCUGCUGGAUUUACACUUCGAAAGUGGAACUCCAACUCUGGUGAACUUUUGAAGGCCGUUCCAGAAGAUUUGAGAGACGGCAGAUCCAUUUUGGAAUUAGAAUCUGCAACCGCUACCGUAAAAACUCUCGGUCUCCUGUGGGAGCCCGGCUCCGAUCAGUUCAAGUUCAGUACUCCGUUGUGGAAUUCGUCAUUGAAUAGUUCAGCAUGUGUGUUUCUACCUACAGUGCCCGAUCGAUCGACGACCGCCGCAGCCCGCUCGGCGCAGAAGCAAAUUGGAAAACAGUCGUUUUCGGGCGGGAGUAUGUUUGAUCUCGCACUGUCGUCGGCGUCGUCGUUGGCUGCUUCUAGCAUGCAGAGCGUGUGCAGAAGCAGCCCAUUGAACAGACACCGCAUUGACUCCGUAGCAGCCUGA